CGAUAUAUGAGCGGGCACGAGUGAGCCAUCAAAUUCAAUUUUCAUCUACCUGCAAUCUACGUGCGAUGCUUCGUAUAUCCCCAUGUCAUGCUUGUACUGCCGUCCUCUUGCGCGUCGCAUGCGCUUACGGCGCUCCGCUACUCAGGAAACGACAAGACGGGUCCGUUAUAAACAGGGAGCUACCAGCUGGAAGACGAAAAGGUGACUCAGUCUGCCACACGAUUUCACGUACUUCCUGUCCAACUCGGUACGAUGCCUUUGGCGAAGACGAAUCCUGGGAGCGAUCUGCGCUCUUUAACGGAAUGAAUGUGCAAAUAGAGUCCUCUGGCACCGUGAACUUUCCAGAUCUUUUACUCAAGACAGUGGAGAUAUCCAUACAUGGUUGAGUUUAAAAAGUUGCAAUAUCUCUCCGUGCACUGAGGUCAUGUCCUCUUUUGACAGACCCAAGAAUCCAGGUACGGGGUAUGCCGUCCCUGGUGUAUCGUUUCGGGUCUUGUUUGAUAGCUCAGGGUUGGCCGGGUGCACUUUGAACUGGUCCAUUUAGGUUGAAAGUCGACACCUUCUCGCGACUAGUGUACCUCGGAAGUCGCAUGGCGAGUGGAAAGGCUGUUGGUAAUGACAAGAUGGUAACACGCGAUGCAUACCCAAGUUGCCACUUUAGCUUGUUCUUCUUCUUCUCAUGUCCCACAU